AUGGGCACUCCAAGGCCCUAUUCGGCGCAUUCACCGCAGGAAAGCCGAAGCAGCUUCUACUCGCAGCCCUCUCAGUCUCCCACCCCUACCUACGGUCGCGAUGACGCGGAAGAUCAACAACAGACCCUCCUUCGACGCAGUUUAGCCAGCCCUAAUGACUGGUCGUACGAUGAUCCCAACGUAUCGACCGACUCCUUGCGGCGAUACACAUUGCAUGAUCCCGGGAUAACCGCAUUUGCUCCCCCGUACCCGGAGUCUGAAGCCGCCGACGUACACAGCGCACGGAUGUCGGAAUACAGUGGAAUCGAGAUGGAUGCCUGGCAAAGACGACAAGGGGUGAAACCGAGUGCGCUACGGCGAUAUGGGACAAGGAAGAUCAACCUCGUCCAGGGUUCGGUGCUCAGCGUUGACUACCCGGUUCCGAGUGCGAUUCAGAACGCGAUCCAGGCGGAGUAUCGGGAUGCGGAGGAAGCGUUUCAUGAAGAAUUCACACAUAUGCGGUAUACGGCCGCCACCUGCGACCCGGAUGAGUUCACCCUGCGCAACGGCUACAAUCUUCGUCCUGCCAUGUAUAACCGUCAUACGGAAUUGCUCAUCGCGAUCACUUAUUAUAACGAGGAUAAAGUUCUGACCGCCCGAACUCUGCAUGGUGUGAUGCAGAACGUCCGAGACAUUGUGAACCUGAAGAAGUCAGAAUUUUGGAAUAAGGGAGGACCGGCAUGGCAAAAGAUUGUGGUGUGUCUCGUGUUCGAUGGGAUUGAGCCUUGCGAUAAGAAUACUCUGGAUGUCCUCGCCACGAUUGGUGUGUAUCAGGAUGGGGUGAUGAAAAAGGAUGUGGACGGGCGCGAGACAGUCGCACAUAUUUUCGAAUAUACGACACAAUUAUCUGUCACCGCGACGCAGCAGCUGGUCAGACCACAGCCCAAUGAUCCUCGCAAUCUACCCCCGGUCCAAAUGAUCUUCUGCCUCAAGCAGAAGAACAGCAAGAAAAUCAACUCCCACCGAUGGCUGCUUAACGCCUUUAGUCGGAUCUUGAAUCCGGAAAUAUGCAUCCUGCUCGAUGCCGGCACGAAGCCCGGCAGCAAAUCCUUGCUUGCCCUAUGGGAAGCAUUCUAUAAUGACAAGACACUUGGAGGAGCGUGUGGCGAAAUCCAUGCGAUGUUGGGCAAGGGAUGGCGCAAUGUGUUGAACCCUCUCGUUGCAGCACAGAACUUCGAGUACAAAAUUUCCAAUAUCCUGGACAAACCAUUGGAAAGCGCCUUUGGCUACGUCAGUGUGCUACCAGGUGCCUUCUCGGCAUAUCGCUACCGUGCGAUCAUGGGCCGACCGUUGGAGCAAUACUUCCAUGGUGAUCAUACUUUGUCCAAGCGGCUGGGGAAGAAAGGUAUUGAGGGAAUGAAUAUCUUCAAAAAGAAUAUGUUUCUUGCCGAAGAUCGCAUCCUAUGCUUUGAACUCGUGGCUAAAGCUGGAUUCAAAUGGCAUCUCACUUACGUCAAAGCAUCCAAAGGAGAGACGGAUGUCCCCGAGGCGGCGCCGGAAUUCAUCAGUCAGCGGCGACGAUGGCUCAACGGCUCCUUUGCUGCGAGUCUGUAUGCCAUCAUGCACUUUGGGCGCAUCUACAAGAGCGGUCAUAGCUUGGUUCGAAUGUUCUUCUUGCAUAUUCAGAUGAUCUACAACUGCUGCCAGCUCAUCAUGACCUGGUUCUCGCUGGCGUCCUACUGGCUGACCAGCUCGGUCAUCAUGGACCUCGUGGGGACACCCAGCUCGCAUAACAAGUACAAGGCGUGGCCAUUCGGCAACGACGCCUCUCCCAUUGUCAACUUUUUCGUCAAAUACGGUUACCUUUUGGUGCUGAUGCUCCAGUUUGUGCUGGCUCUGGGAAACCGACCCAAAGGAACCAAAUUCGCCUACACCAUGUCUUUCCUCUGGUUUUCUCUGGUGCAGUUCUACGUGCUGAUCCUGUCCUUCUACCUGGUCGCCAAUGCCUUCAUGGGUGGCAUGAUGGACUUUAAUUUCGACCAAGGCGUGGGCCACUUCCUCUCCUCCUUCUUCAGCUCCAGUGGUGGAGGAAUCGUCCUGAUCGCUUUGGUGUCCACUUACGGCAUCUACAUCGUCGCCAGCAUUCUUUACAUGGACCCUUGGCACAUCCUGACCAGUUCCUGGGCGUACUUCCUGGGCAUGACCACGUCGAUCAAUAUUCUCAUGGUGUAUGCGUUCUGCAACUGGCACGAUGUCUCCUGGGGUACGAAGGGUUCCGAUAAGGCGGACGCUUUGCCCUCGGCGCAGACCAAGAAGGCCGACGGCAGCAAGAGCAACUUCAUCGAGGAGGUCGAUAAACCGCAGGCGGAUAUCGACAGCCAGUUCGAGGCAACUGUCAAGCGGGCGCUGGCGCCGUAUCAGGAACCAAAAGAAGACUCGACGAUCAGCAUGGAUGAUUCAUACCGCAACUUCCGGACCAAUCUGGUGCUGCUCUGGAUCUUGAGUAAUUUGCUGGUCUCGCUGCUCAUUACGAGCGACGGCAUCAGGAAGAUGUGUCUGACGAACACAUCCACGACGCGAACGCAGUAUUAUUUCCAAGUGAUUCUGUGGGCGACAGCUGGACUGUCUAUCUUUCGAUUUAUUGGGUCUGUCUACUUCCUGGGCAAGUCGGGAAUUUUGUGUUGCGUAGCACGCCGAUGA